UCAACCCCUUCACAUUUCCGCGAUGUCUGACAUCCAGCCCUGCCUCAACAAAGGAAGUCAAGCACGCACACUAACAUUAACACACAAUUUACAGUUAAUAAGAUACAAUGAGCGAAAUAAAACAAACAGAAGCGGCUUCAACUGACAAAAAGGCUGCUGCACAAGAGGAAAAGGACUGGGCAGCUGCUAAAGCGCACUUUGAAAACUUAAAAUCAACAAAACCGAGACCCCCCAAGCCGAAAUAUGCGGUUACCAUCGCAGUUUCUUCCCGCACAUUGUUUGAUAUGGUGGCAGAAAGGAAGAUAUUUGAUGAAGAAGGACUGGAGAAGUAUGUUCAACAUCAGCAAGAGCACGAGAAUGAGCCUCUGAAACAAGGACCUGCCUUUCCUUUCGUUAAAGCACUGAUGGCUGUAAAUGAACGGCUGAGGAAUCUCUAUCCAGACAGUGAAGAGCUGUUUGACAUUGUUCUCAUGACCAAUAAUCACGCCCAAGUUGGCGUGCGACUCAUAAACAGCAUAAAUCACUAUGAUCUGACGAUAGAGCGAUUCUGCAUGACUGGAGGUCAGAGCCCAAUUGGCUACCUCAAGGCCUACUUGACCAAUCUGUAUCUCUCCAAAGACUCCAAGAAAGUCCAGGAGGCCAUUGAGGAGGGAAUAGCAGCAGCCAUCAUGUUUAAGCCUGAUGUAGAGUCUCAGCUGUCUGAGACUCAGCUGCGCGUGGCUUUCGAUGGGGAUGCUGUGCUCUUCUCUGAUGAGUCGGAGAUCAUAGUGAAACAGCAUGGCCUGGACACAUUCUUUGAGCAUGAGAAACAACAUGAGAAUAAACCACUCGCACAGGGUCCCCUUAAGUGCUUUCUGGAAGCUCUAGGGAAGCUCCAGAAGAAAUUCUACGCCAAAAACGAGCGUCUGAACUGCCCUAUCCGCACCUUCUUGGUGACGGCCAGAAGCGCAGCCAGCUCUGGGGUCCGUGUGCUUAAGACACUCAGAAGCUGGGGCCUGGAGAUCGAUGAGGCUUUGUUCCUCGCUGGGGCCCCUAAAGGGCCCCUGCUGCAGAAGAUUCGCCCGCACAUAUUCUUUGACGACCAGAUGUUCCACAUUGAGGGAGCCAAGGAGAUGGGCACUAUUGCUGCCCACGUGCCAUACGGGAUAGGACAGAAAUAUAACAAAGGAAAACUGAUUGAACCAGAAAAGCAGCAGAAAUAAGAGACCGUAAUGAUGUCACAGGUCAGCCACUAAGGGAGUUCAUUAUAUAGCUUAUAUUGUUGAGAUGAAGACAUCUUUCUCUUACUUUCAAUGCUGUACAAUGCAAACAUUUCAUAGGAACUGCUGUGCAGAAGUAUACUACAGAAGUGUUUUUUUUUUCCACGCAAAAACUUUGCUAAUGAAAUUGUUUUAUUAGCAAUAAUGCUGAAAAAUUAUUUUUAGUUUAUUGGACAUAUCACAGGCUUACUGUUUAGUGAUUUGAUACAUUUUUAACUCAUAUCAUACUUAUACAAUAUAUCUAUCUAUCUAUCUAUCUAUCUAUCUAUCUCAUUUUUUAUAAGUCUUUAUAUAGAUAUAUAGAUGCUGUAUUUAUAAGGAAUAUUUUGAAGAGAUUUGUUUUUAUGGGGUUCAUAUAACAAGAAAUAAAAUUACUUUAUAUAUAAACAGAGGCCUGUUUUAAAACUUGAAAAUUUAAACAAACACUUUGAAAUGUUUUUGGUCAAUAGAUUUUCAUAAUUUAUAUUAUCUGGCUGUUCUAAAUGCACUUAUUUUUGAGGUGGAAAGUACAUCACUUCAGAAUUCAUUAAAGUGAGGCCUUCAUUAUCAUUAUUAAAGUAUUCUCUGAAAUUCAGGACUUUCAUCUGCCCAUUAUGCUGCUUCGUGGUUGCAAACGUUUACUGUGGUGCUAUGUUCUCAUCGAUGUUCUCCAGGGUUAAUUUGCUUUCCACACAUUUUGCAAAUGGCAGUUACAUAAUGUGUUGAUGUCUCUGCUUGUAUUAAAAUGAUCAGAAACACUAUUGAUUGGUGUUAAGGUUAUGUUGCAUGUCACUGAAUUGCAUGAUCAUUUUGUUACAUGAUGUCAACAUAAGCCCUGCAUGUAAAUGCACUGCCAUUUGUAUGUUUACAAAUGUGAUCAAGCAGUUUCACUAAAUUACAUUUUAUGCUACAUUGGUUUUGAUUUGGUUUAAGGCUGUUUUGUUUUGGGUUGAGAUAAAAUUGAACUCAAGACUUGUAAUUGGGAUAAAAAAAGGUUUUUACAUGACAAAAAAAACAAAAAACAAAAGAGAGUCGUUACUUGGAACACAAAUGGAGAUGCUUUAAAAAAAUGUUUCUGCUGCUCUUUUCCAUACAAUGAUAUAGGAUAUGGUGGCCAAAAAGAGCCAUAAAAGUAGUCCAUACAACUUCUGACUUUAAGAACUUUACUAUUGUUCUUAAUUUAAAAGAACUGAAUUACAUAUUUUGUUAUGUUCCUGCUCUCGUUCUGUCUAAUUAGUCAUUCUGUUCACCUGAGUUCCUCCCAAUUAUCUUAUUACCCCAUGUAUUUACUUCCAGUCUGUUGAGUCUGUGUUUGUCGGGUCUAAACGUCGAAGUGCUACGUGUGUGUCCUUCCUGUGUUCCCUGUUUUGGAUGAUUAAAGACUAUUAUUUGAGAA